AUGCGCCGCGGCCGCUUCCGGAAGUUCCGGCGUUUCCGCAACCGAGGUCUCAAGGCGGCCAUGGAGAUCAACACCAGCAUCGUCAAGUCCGAGACCCUGCGCGACCUCCUCCACGUCUGCGAGCGGCACGAGGCCGAGUUCAACCAGGUCAACCGCGCGACCGCCGUGUGCCACCUGUGCAAGCUCACAGUACGCUCGCGCACGCUGCCCCCUCAACGGGCCGCCGCGGUGCGCACGGCGCUCCGCAUCACCGCCGAGGCGCUCGCCCGCCGGCAACAGGGCGAGCUCCGCCUCGGCGUCCGCGAGAUGGCCAACAUGUUGUACGGACACGCGCUGGUAGGCAACCACGUGCUUGGACUGGCGCGGCGGCGGCGACGACGGCUGGCGGCUCGCGGCGGGCGCGACGCUGAUGCGUAUGACUCGGAAUCGGACAGCGAGGACAUCGCGCUGCUCGCGGCGUACGGGAACAUGUCGGACGUGCAGCUGUCGGCGAUGCGGAUUCUAGAGGCAAUAGGAAACACCCCCAAGCAGGAGCUGCUUGACUCAGGCAACCCGCAGGAGCUCGCAAACAUCGUGUGGGCGGCGGCGAAGCUCGAGCUGCAGGGUCCGCUCGCGGAGCACGCCGUCGGGUGCGUGCUGGGGGUGUGUUUGGAAAAACUCCCCUCGUUCACGUGCCGCGACGUGUCGAACGUGGCGUGGGGGCUCGCGACGCUGUCGUCGGGCGGGCCGUGGCUGUGCAUCGACGUGGGCGUCGUCAGGGCGCUCGGGGAGGAGGUGCUGCGCGGGGGGAAGCUGGACCGCGCCGUGACGCAGGACCUGAGCAACCUGUUGUGGGCGCUGGCGACGAUGGGGGUGCCGCCGCGGCCCCUCGCGCUGCAGCGGAUCGUCGAGGCGGCAGGGAGGUCCGCUGCGAAGUUCAAGCCGCAGGAGCUGAGCAACACGCUCUGGGCCCUGGCGACCCUGGGCUACCAAUCAGAUAGGGAAGUCGUAGUGCAUCUCGCAACGUCCAUGGCUCGAAGCGAGGCGACGCUCGCGGACGCCGCGCCGCAGGCUAUCUGCAACACGCUCUGGGCCACGGCCACGAUGGGCGUCGUCCUCCCGGAGGAGGACCUGCGCGCGCUCGUCGACGCAGUGCUGUCUCCGAAGCGGGCGCCUGCGUGCUCUACCUACGACAUCUGCUCCGUGGCCUGGGUCGCCGCGAAGCUGCGCUGGUGGCCCGGGAACGCGGCCAUGUCGCGCAUGGCCGAGAUCGCGUCGGAGAUGUUCUCGCAGAUGAACGCGCGGGAAAUAGCCACCAUUUCCUACUGCUGGGCGGCGCUGGGGUACAAUCCAGGGCGCUCCGUGACGCUGUCGCUCAUGGGCGCCGCGCGCGACCUCGUCGCGAGCCCCGACCACCUCCGGCAAUGGUCCCUCGGGGACCUGGCGUCGGUGAUGUGGGGCGCGGUGGUCCUGGGCGGGCACGACGACUCCUUCUGGUGGGCCAUGUGCCGCGCGACGAACCGCGUCGCGCUGCAAACGGGCACGAUCGCCGUCGCGCGGGACCCCUCGGUGGUCGCGUCGAUCGACGAGGCGGUAGAACACGCCGUGGCUGACUCAGGGAGCUUCUCCCCGACGGGCUCGGCGGAGCUCGAGGAGCACAUGGACCACGUCAACCCGCUCUGCCUCCUGGCGGACGCCGCGGGGGCCUCGCGUGAGAUGCGGCACUACUUGAGUGUGGACCUGUUGGGGGCGGCGAGGCGCGCCUGGCGCGUGUCCGUGGCGUCCGAGGCGCGGUCGGUCGGGCAAACGCGCGCGGAGAUGUCGCAGUGGGCGGUGGACACGCUCCGCGCGGCCGUCGAGGAGGCCACCGCCACGUCAGUGGAUGACACCCCCCCUGACGACGAUGCUGACGCGGACGGGGAGUCGGCGGGCGGGGGAACGCUCUUGCCGGUCGAGCUGUGGCGUGAAUUCGUCGAUUCGAUGCCUGGGCGGCCGGACCGGAACAUCAUCGCGGCUGCAGUGGGGCGUGAGGGCACGCCCUUGGAACGGAAGCGACUCGCCGUUGUGUGGGCGCCGGAGACGCGGCUGUGGGGCGCUGCGGCGGGCGAAGAGGCACAGGCACGCGGUGGGUCGGAGCAGCUCGGCGGGCAGGCUACGGUGCUGGCGAUGGACCUCGAAACGCGAGGGUGGGCUGCGGUGGUGGUCGGCGGGGCGGGGCGGGAUGCGGAGGAGGAGCUGCGGCGCGCAGCGCACGCGCUCGUGGAGGGCUCGCUGUGGAUCCAGCGGGCGAUCGUGAACGAGGACGUGUGA